GUCCGCUUCUCCUGCUGUAUGCAUACGGCAAUCGGUCAAAGUUUUGGCUUUUCCUUGAAAACCCUAAUUCCCCACCAUUCUCCCAAAUCAAUACCCUGAAAUAUGGUUUUUGUUAGGUACCGGAUCGAAUAAUCAGGCUGGAGUGAGGCACUAUUUCGAUCAUCGCCAUGUUUGAAGCUCAUGUUCUGCAUUUGCUUCGAAGAUACUUGGGGGAGUAUGUUCAUGGUCUCUCAUUAGAGACUUUAAAGAUCAGUGUUUGGAAAGGUGACGUUGUCCUCAAAAAUUUAAAUUUGAAGGCAGAGGCCCUAAACUCUUUAAAUCUUCCAGUUACUGUCAAAGCUGGUUUUGUGGGCACCAUAACUCUAAAGGUUCCUUGGAACAGAUUAGGUAAAGAACCUGUAAUUGUUCUUAUUGAUCGUGUAUUUGUUCUUGCUCACCCAGUUCUUGAUGGCCGGACUCUCAAGGAGGAUGAUAGGGAGAAACUUCUUGAAGCUAAGAUUCAACAAAUUGAGGAGACAGAAUCUGCAACUAUUGAAGCAAUAUCUGGGUCAAAGGAGGGAAAUCUUGCUGGAAAUUCGUGGCUUGGUUCUCUGAUUUCUACAAUUAUUGGAAACUUGAAGAUAACUAUUAGUAAUGUACAUAUCAGAUAUGAGGAUUGCAUCAGCAAUCCUGGCCUUCCAUUUGCUUCUGGUGUUACACUGGCUAAGCUUGCUGCUGUUACAAUGGAUGAGCAAGGAAAUGAGACCUUUGAUACCAGUGGUGCUUUAGAUAAGUUGCUUAAGUCUUUGCAACUGGAGAGGCUUGCUGUGUAUCAUGAUUCAGAUAAGCCGCCUUGGAAGAUGGAGAAGAAAUGGGAGGAUCUUAGUCCCAAAGAAUGGAUUGAGGUAUUUGAAGAUGGUAUAAAUGAACCAGCUGCUGACUGUGUAGUAGUGUCUAAGUGGGCAAUGAAUCGUAAUUACAUGGUGUCACCAAUCAAUGGAAUACUUAAGUAUCAUCGGCUUGGAAAUCAAGAAAGAAAUGAUCCAGAUAUUCCUUUUGAGAAGGCUUCUCUUGUCCUAAGUGAUGUCUCCUUAACUAUCACUGAGGCACAAUAUCAUGAUUGGAUAAAACUUUUAGAAGUUAUUUCAAGAUAUAGGACAUAUAUUGAAAUUUCCUAUUUAAGACCCGUGGUGCCAGUUUCAAAGGAGUCUUAUUUCUUAUGGUGGCAUUAUGCUGCUCAGGCUACACUGCAACAGAGGAAAAUGUGCUAUCGGUUCUCUUGGGAUCGAAUUUUGCUUAUGUGCAAGCUUCGUCGGCAUUAUGUUCACUUGUAUGCCAGUUUGCUGCAACAGUCAUCAAGUGUUGACAAGUCAGAAGUUAGAGAAAUUGAGAAGGAUCUUGACUCAAAAGUAAUUCUGCUAUGGAGGUUACUUGCACAUGCGAAGGUUGAAUCUGUAAAGUCAAAGGAAGCAGCUGAACAGAGAAGGCUUAAGAAGAAAAGUUGGUUUUCAUCGAUUUGGCAAACACAAUCUGAAGAUGUGUCUGAUGGGGAUGCUUUGGGUGAAUCACAGUUAACAGAGGAAGGGUUGAGUAAAGAAGAGUGGCAGGCAAUCAAUAAGUUACUCAGUUACCAGCCUGAUGAGGAUUUGAUGUCACAUUCUGGGAAGGAAUUGCAAAGCAUGAUCCGCUUUAUGGUAACUGUAUCUAUAAGUCAAGCUGCUGCGAGGAUUAUCGAUAAAAACCAGACAGAGAUACUUUGCGGUAGAUUUGAACAACUUCAUGUGUCUGCUAAGUUUAAACACCGCAGUACCCAUUGUGAUGUAAGGUUAAGAUUCUAUGGUGUGUCAGCCCCUGAAGGUUCACUUGCUCAGAGUGUCUGCAGUGAGCAAAAGGUGAAUGCAUUAACCGCUAGUUUUGUCCACUCACCGGUAGGAGAGAAUGUUGAUUGGAGGUUGUCAGCUACAAUUUCCCCCUGUUAUGUUAUGGUUUUGAAGGAAAGCUGUGAUCGCUUUUUUGAGUUUUUGAAGAGAAGUAAGGCAGUUAGUCCAACUGUUGCUUUGGAAACUGCCACUGCAUUGCAGACAAAGAUAGAAAAAGUGACGCGAAAAGCACAGGAGCAGUUUCAAACAGUGUUAGAGGAACAAAGCAGAUUUGCUCUGGACAUUGAUCUUGAUGCUCCCAAAGUUAGGAUUCCUCUGAGGAAACAUGCGUCUUCCAAAUAUCAGAGCUAUUUUCUUUUGGAUUUUGGUCAUUUUACAUUGCAUACCAUGGAGAGUCAGUCUGAUGAACAGAGGCAGAAUAUAUAUUCUCGUGUGUACAUAUCUGGAAGGGAUAUUACUGCUUUUUUUGCAGAUUGUGCUUCUGAUUGCCAGAACUACACUUCUGGUGAACCAAGUUCUAGUAAUCAAUCAAUCUUGAUGUCUCCUGGGUUGGAGAAGUCUGGCAAUUUCUAUUCUCUCGUUGAUAAGUGUGGAAUGGAAGUAGUUGUUGAUCAGAUUAAAUUUCCUCGCCGGGGUUACCCGUCAAUGAUUGUGUCUGUCCAAGUACCAAAUCUUGGCAUUCACUUCUCUCCAGCAAGAUACUGCAAGCUUAUAGAACUGUUGGACAUAUUAUAUGUUGCUAUGGACCCCUGUGUUCAGCCUGCUGGUGUUGAUUUGCAAGCUGGACUGACUCCUUGGAGUGUUGCAGAUCUUGCUACUGAUGCUAAAAUCCUAGUUUGGCGGGGUAUUGGAAACUCUGUUGCUUCAUGGCAGCCCUGUUUUGUUGUAUUAUCUGGAUUCUAUCUUUAUGUAUUGGAAUCUGAAAAAUCUCAGAACUAUCAGCGGUACUUAAGCAUGGCUGGAAGACAAGUGCAUGAGGUUCCAUCAGAAAAUAUUAGUGGCUCCCCAUUUUGUAUUGUUGUGGGUCCAAGAGGAAUGGACACUAAGAAGGCUUUAGAGUCUUCAGGUACCUGGGUUAUUGAGUUUCGAGGGGAGGAAGAGAAGACAACUUGGUUGAGGGGACUUAUACAAGCCACAUAUCGAGCUUCUGCUCCUCCAUCUGUUGAUAUACUUGGAGAAACAAGUGGUGGUAUCAGUGAGUCUGAUGAUCCUCAAACAAGUGAUUCGAAAGCUGCCGACCUUGUUAUUAAUGGGGCUGUUUUGGAGACCAAAUUAUGCCUAUAUGGAAAGACAAGCGAGGUUGUUGCAGAGAAACUAGAAGAGCAACUGAUUCUUGAGGUUCUUGCUAGUGGUGGAAAGGUGACAAUGAUUAGUUUGGGAAGUGACCUAAUGUUGAGGACAAAGCUGCAUUCUUUAAAAAUAAAGGAUGAGUUUCAAGGUCGUCUGUCAGGCGAUACACAGUACUUAGCAUGCUCUGUGCUGAAAAAUGACAAUUCACUUCAAUCCCAUCAAACUUGUGGUUCGCUUGGAAAUCAGAUGUCUGGGUAUCACCCAGAUGAUGAUGAUAUUUUCAAGGAUGCUCUGCCUGAAUUUAUGUCUCUGACAGAUCCCGGUGCUCUCUCACAUUAUAUGGAUAUGAAUGAUCCUUCUGGAUUUGAUGAAAACAAUUUGUUUCAAGGAAAGGGAGUUUCUGGAGAGAUAUUUUAUGAAGCUCAAGCUGAUGAAGAAUUGGAUUUUGUAUCUGUUAAUUUCUCAAAGAGGGGUUCUGGUUCACCAUUUUAUGAAGGCAUAGACACACAGAUGAGUAUUCGCCUGUCCAAGAUGGAGUUUUUUUGCAACAGACCCACUCUGGUUGCUUUGAUUGGUUUUGGCUUAGAUUUAGGCUCUAUGAGUUCUGCAGCAAGUGAUACAGAUGUAAAUGAAGCUUUGGAUGAUGAAUCUUUGAUGAAUAAAGAAAAGGCUGAAGAAAGUGGUCGUGUUGAUGGGUUACUAGGCCAUGGUAAAACUCGUGUUGUAUUCUAUUUGAACAUAAAUGUUGACAGUGUCACUGUGUUUCUUAACAAGGAGGAUGGAUCUCAGCUGGCAAUGUUUGUGCAAGAAAGUUUCCAGUUACAUCUUAAGGUCUAUCCAACAUCCCUUUCUAUUGAAGGCACAUUGGGAAAUUUGAGACUUCGUGAUAUGUCACUUGGUGCGGAUAACUUCUUAGGUUGUUUAUGUGAUAUACGUUAUCCAGGGGUUGAAUCCCUUAUAAAGUUCAAAUUUAUUUCUUUUGGUGCUGGAGAUGAUGAUUAUGAAGGGUAUGAUUACAGCUUGUUUGGGCGACUUUCUGCUGUUCGAAUUGUUUUCCUAUAUAGGUUUGUUCAGGAGAUAACAGUUUAUUUCAUGGAGCUUGCCACCCCACAUAGUGAAGAAGCAAUAAAACUAGUUGAUAAAGUUGGUGAUUUUGAGUGGUUAAUUCAGAAAUCAGAAAUUGAUGGGACCACUGCUUUGAAGCUGGAUCUCACACUUGACAAUCCUAUAAUUAUAGUUCCAAGGAAUUCAAUGAGCAAAGACUUCAUUCAACUUGAUAUGGGUUUGUUAAAGGUCACAAAUGAAAUAACUUGGCAUGGAUCUCCUGAAGAAGACCCUUCAGCUGUUCAUCUCGAUAUUCUUCAUGCUGAGGUAUAUUCCUUAUAUUCUUGGGUAAACAUGUAUGUGGGAAUUGAUGGUUGUAUUGGUAAGCCUUUGAUUCGUGAAGGUAGAGGACAUGUUUAUGUUAGACGGAGUUUGAGGGAUGUCUUUAGAAAAGUCCCAACAUUUUCUUUGGAAGUUAAGGUUGGUUUCUUGCAUGGUGUAAUGUCUGAUAAAGAAUAUGAUGUUGUUCUGAAUUGUACAACUAUGAAUUUGAAUGAAGCCCCAAGCCUCCCUCCAAGUUUCCGUGGCAGCAAAUCUGGUUCUGGAGAUACACUGCAGCUACUGGUUGAAAAGGUCAACAUGAAUAGUCAAAUGAUUCUAUCACGUAGUGUAACUAUUGUGGCAGUUGAAGUUGAUUAUGCAUUGUUAGAGUUGUGUAACGGCAUUCAUGAGGAAUCACCUUUAGCUCGUAUAGCUCUAGAAGGCCUUUGGGUAUCAUUCCGAAUGACUUCAUUAUCAGAAACAGAUUUGUAUGUGACAAUACCCACUUUUUCUGUUCUGGAUAUCCGCUCUAAUACGAAGCCUGAAAUGCGACUCAUGCUUGGUUCUUCUGCUGAUACUUCCAAACAAGCUUCCAUUGGGACCUUUCCACACUCCUUGAACAAGAGCAGCUCUAGCAGAGUGAAUUCUGAAGCUGGUAUUGAUGAUGUAUCAAUUUCAACUAUGUUCUUGAUGGAUUACAGAUCGCGAUUGUCCUCCCAAUCAAUUGUUCUUCGAGUUCAGCAGCCUCGAGUACUUGUUGUGCCAGAUUUCCUUCUUGCUUUGGGUGAGUUUUUUGUGCCAGCACUGGGGGCUAUAACUGGAAGGGAAGAAACAAUGGACCCAAAGAAUGAUCCGAUAAAUAAGACCAAUAGCAUCGUGCUUUAUGAUAGUAUUUAUAAACAGGAUGAAGAUGUUGUGAUCUUGUCACCGAGUAGACAGCUGAUUGCGGAUACCCAUGGUAUUGAUGAGUAUACAUAUGAUGGUUGUGGAAAAACUGUCAUUUUAAGUGAAGAGAAUGAUGCAAAGGAGUCUCAUUCUACAAGUUUUCGUCCUAUUGUGAUUAUUGGAUGUGGUAAGAGGUUGCGAUUUGUCAACGUGAAAAUCGAGAAUGGUUCGCUUUUGAGAAAGCGUACAUACUUGAGCAAUGAUAGCAGCUAUUCAUUCUCACCAGAAGAUGAUGUUGACAUAUUGUUGAUGGAUAAUAUAAGUUCUGAUGGAGAUAUGAAGAAAGCAAAAAAUAUGGAUUUAAUAAACUCUUCAAAGGCUUCUUCAGAUUUACAAGAUAACCAGAAUGCUGUGCAGAGUUUCACUUUUGAAGCUCAGGUUGUUUCUUCGGAGUUUACGUUCUUUGAUGGUACCAAGUCUUACUUGGAUGAUUCAUCUUAUGGUGAAAAGCUUUUGCGUGCAAAAAUGGAUUUGAACUUCAUGUUUGCAUCAAAGGAAAAUGAUACCUGGAUCCGUGCUCUAGUGAAGGAUCUUACUGUGGAGGCUGGUUCUGGCCUUACCAUUCUGGAUCCACUGGAUAUUUCUGGGGGAUAUACUUCCAUUAAAGACAAAACAAACAUGUCUCUGAUGUUAACCGAUAUUUGUAUUCAUCUUUCAUUAGGUGCAAUAUCUCUUAUACUUAACCUAUUGAACCAAGCAACUGCAGCAUUACAGUUUGGAAAUGCAAUUCCUCUUGCUCCCUGCAUCAAUUUUGACAGAAUUUGGGUGUCACCUAAAGAAAAUGGAUCUCAUAACAAUCUUACUAUUUGGAGGCCACAAGCUCCAACAAACUAUGUUAUAUUGGGAGAUUGUGUGACAUCUAGGCCAAUUCCUCCUUCACAGGCAGUACUAGCAGUAAGUAAUACAUAUGGCCGUGUGCGGAAGCCAGUAGGUUUUGAUCUUAUUGGCUCUCUUUCUCAUGUCCUUGGAUCAGUAGUGGAUGACCAUUCUGAUGUUGACAGUGACUGUUUCCUUUGGAUUCCCAUUCCACCCCAAGGUUAUACAUCAAUGGGUUGUGUAGCAAAUAUAGGGAAGCAUCCGCCCCCAAACGAUGCUGUAUGUUGCCUGCGCUCUGACCUUGUAACAUCUGCUGCUUAUUCAGAAUGCAUGCUGAUUGCACCAUCCAAUCAGCACUUUACUUCUGGAUUUAGCAUCUGGCGUUUGGACAAUGUUAUUGGAUCAUUUUAUGCUCAUUCUUCAACCACACGCCCUUCCAAAAAAAUAAGUUCUGAUCUGAGUCAUCUUCUACUAUGGAAUUCAUUUUGGUCCUAUGCGUCUCUUAAGGAAUCUGUUCCUGGGUUUGCUGUGGAUAAUAAUCAUGCUAGUCAGCAAACAAGUGACCAGACUGCUAGUUCAUCUGGUUGGAACUUUCUCAGGUCAAUUUCAAAAGCAUGUAGUUGUUAUGUGUCAACCCCUCACUUUGAGAGAAUGUGGUGGGACAUGGGCAAUGAACAUCGUAGACCGCUGUCAAUUUGGCGGCCUGUUUCGCAUCGUGGUUAUGCCAUAGUGGGUGAUUGCAUAGUUGAAGGCUUAGAACCACCUCCUCAGAGUAUCAGUUUUAAGUCUGAUGAUCCAGAAAUCUCUGCAAAGCCAGUGAAAUUUGUAAAAAUAGCCCAAAUUAGAGGGAAAGGUUUUGAUGAAGUUUUCUUCUGGUACCCAAUUGCUCCCCCCGGUUAUGCUUCUUUGGGGUGUGUGGUUUCCAGAACAGAUGAAACCCCGUCCGUGGAUUCUUUGCGCUGCCCAAGGAUGAAUCUUGUUAACCCUGCCAACAUUCUCGAAGUGCCAAUUUUAAAAUCUUCAAGCUCAAAGGCACACCAGUGCUGGAGCAUUUGGAAAGUUGAAAAUCAGGCUUGUACUUUUCUUGCUUGCUCUGAUACAAAGAAGCCAACACAGUUGGCUUACACUAUUGGUGAUUUUGUGAAGCCAAAGACACAGGAAAAUGUUACAGCUGAGAUUAAACUAAGAUACUUCUCUCUAACUGUUUUAGACAACCUACAUGGAAUGAUGACACCGUUGUUUGACAUGGCUAUUGCUAAUAUCAAGUUGGCAACACAAGGUCGGCUGGAGGCUAUGAAUGCAGUUCUCAUUGCAUCUAUUGCUGCUUCAACCUUUAAUACACAGCUGGAAGCAUGGGAGCCCUUGGUGGAGCCAUUUGAUGGCAUAUUCAAGUUUGAAACAUAUGAUACCGAUGUGACGUCAAGACUUGGGAAGAGGAUGCGGAUUGCUGCCACCAAUAUUGUGAAUAUAAAUAUCAGUGCAGCAAAUCUUGAAACUUUUGUGGGGACUGUUCUUUCAUGGAGACGACUGAUAGAGCUUGAACAAAAAACAAACAAACUGAUCGAGGAGGCUUGUGCUCAUUCUGGACAUGAAGAUCGAGCCUUUUCUGCUCUGGAUGAAGAUGACUUACAAACUUUGACAGUAGAGAAUAAGCUUGGGGAUGAUCUGUUCCUGAAAAAGAUUGAGCAAGAUUCAAAUGUGGUUGACCAACUUCAUCAUGGUGACUGUGCUUUGGUUUGGGUUCCACCUCCAAGGUUCUCGGACAGGUUAAAUGUUGCAGAGGAAUCUAGGGAACCACGCUAUUCUGUUUCUGUGCAGAUUCUUUUUGCUAAGGAUUUAACUUUAAUCAAUGAUGGUAAUAGCCAUAACUUCUUUUGUGCUUUGCGCCUUGUGAUUGAUAGUCAAGCAACAGAUCAGCAAAAGUUUUUCCCUCAGAGUGCACGGACAAGAUGUGUGAAGCCCUUAGUUUCAGAUAUCGAGUACCAAAACAAAGGCAUUGCUAAGUGGAAUGAAAUAUUCAUAUUUGAUGUUCCUCAUAGGGGAGUUGCUAAAUUGGAGGUGGAGAUAACAAAUCUUUCUGCAAAAGCUGGCAAAGGUGAAGUUGUUGGUGCACUUUCUUUACCUGUUGGACAUGGUGCGAGUACUUUAAAGAAGGUAUCUUCAGCAAGGAUUCUGCCUCAACGAACUGAUAUUCAGCAUAUUGAAUCAUAUCCAUUGCGGAGAAAGCUCAACAGUGUUGAAGAUAUGCAUGACCAUGGAUACCUCUCUGUUUCCACUUCUUAUUUUGAGAGGAGCACAACUGCAAAUUUUGAAAGAGAUGCAGAAAGCAAGGAUGCUUCUCAUAAGGAUAUUGGUUUCUGGAUUAGGUUAGGGAAAGAUGGUUCAUGGGAGAGCGUUCGUUCAUUGCUUCCAUUGUCCGUAGUUCCCAAAUCAUUACAGAGAGAAUUUAUUGCAAUGGAAGUUGUGAUGAAAAAUGGAAAGAAGCAUGCUAUUUUCAGGGGUCUUGCAACAGUUGUAAAUGAUUCUGAUGUUAAUUUGGAUAUUUCAGUUUGCCAUGAAUCAAUGAUUCAGGAUUCAGGAUCAAUCAAUCAUAACAUAGUGGUCGAAGAAAUCUUUGAGAAUCAGCGCUAUCAACCAAAUGCUGGUUGGGGCAGUAAAUGGUCUAGCUUUCAAGGUAAUGAUCCUCCGCUCUGGAGCACCAAAGACUUCUCAUAUUCAUCGAAGGAUUUUUUUGAGCCUCCUCUCCCCAAUGGGUGGCAAUGGAUAUCAACAUGGGCUCUCGAUAAAUCCCGAUUUGUUGAUGAAGAUGGCUGGGCUUAUGGUCCUGACUAUCAAAGUCUGAGAUGGCCUCUAACUUCUUCAAAGUCACAUGUUAAAUCUGGUCAUGGUGUGCGCAGGAGGCGUUGGAUCCGAAAAAGACAACAAAUUGCUGAGCAAGGAAAAAGUUGCAUAAAGAGUGACUUCACUAUCAUAAACCCGGGGUCUUCUGCUGUUUUACCAUGGGGAAGUACAUCUAAAGGAUCUAAUCAGUGUUUACGUAUUCGUCCUUAUAUUGAUUAUCCACAUCCCACAUACAUAUGGGGUCGUGCCAUUGUUGCUGCUGUCAAUUCUAGUUUUGUUGGUGAGAAGGACCAGCCUUUCUUAGAUCAGAGUUCACUAUAUAGACAAAAUUCUUUUCCACGGGGAAGCAAAAUGCCCAAUUUUGCUCUUAACUUAAGUCAACUUGAGAAGAAGGAUGUACUUCUUUGUUGUUCUCCUACUGUUGGGAGUAGACAAAUAUGGCUCAGUGUAAGUGCAGAUGCAUCGGCCCUUCAGACAGAGCUCAAUCAUCCUGUUUAUGAUUGGAAGAUAUCUGUUAAUUCUCCUUUGAAGUUGGAAAAUCGACUGUCCUGUCCUGCUGCAUUCACAGUAUGGGAAAAAGAAAAAGAAGGGAACUAUAUUGAGCGAGAUCAUGGUAUGAUAUUUUCACGCAGUAGUGCUCAUAUAUAUUCAGUGGACAUUCGGAGACCUGUAUAUCUUACAUUUCGUGUACAGGGUGGUUGGGUUUUGGAAAAGGACCCAAUUCUUGUUCUGGAUCUUUCUUCUGGUGCUCACAUUUCAUCUUUCUGGAUGUUCCACCAGCGAAGUAAAAGGAGAUUGCGUGUGAGUAUUGAAAGUGAUACGGGGGGAACAAAUGCUGCACCAAAAACAUUAAGGUUUUUUGUUCCAUAUUGGAUCAUCAAUGAUUCAUCUCUGCCUCUAGCUUAUCAAGUGGUAGAAAUAGAAGGUUCAGAUACUACUGCAGACACUGAUUCACGCUCUCUCUCUAGAGCAGUUAAAUCUGCAAGAACUGUUUUGAGGACCACUUCUCACUCGAUGGAAAGGAGAAACUCCGAUCUGAGGAGAAACAUCCAAGUUCUUGAAGCUUUUGAGGACACCAGUCCAGUAGCUAGCAUGCUUUCCCCACAAGACUCUGCUGGUCGUAAUGGUGUUAAGCUGUUUCCAUCACAAAAGGAUACAUAUGUUUCCCCACGGGUCGGCAUUUCUGUGGCUAUUCGCGAUUCUGAAAUUUACAGUCCUGGCAUUUCUCUUCUUGAGCUUGAAAAGAAGGAACGUGUUGCUGUAAAAGCAUUCAGUUCAGAUGAGUCAUACUAUAAGCUUUCAGCUCUAGUGAACAUGACUUCAGACAGAACGAAGGUCAUUCAUAUUCAGCCGUACAUGCUGUUUGUCAACAGGAUUGGUUUAAGCCUUUGCCUGCAGCAGUGUGAUUCUCAUACUGUGGAAUGGAUCCAUCCCACUGAUCCUCCAAAACCCUUUCAAUGGCGGAGUUCUAAGCUUGAGUUAUUGAAGUUGCAUGUUGAUGGGUACAACUGGAGCACACCUUUUAGUGUCUCCAGUGAAGGUGUGAUGCGUGUUUCUUUGAAAAAGGACAAUGGCAGGGAUCAGUUAUUUUUUAAGGUUGAAGUAAGGAGUGGAACAAAAAGCUCACGAUAUGAAGUUAUCUUCCGCCCUAAUUCCUCAUCAAGUCCUUACAGGAUUGAAAAUCGUUCCAUCUAUUUACCAAUUCGCUGUCGGCAAGUGGAUGGUACCAGUGAUUCAUGGCACUUUCUUCUUCCCAACACUGCUGUUUCUUUCUUAUGGGAAAAUCUUGGUCGACAGCAUUUGUUGGAAAUCCUUGCAGAUGGGACUGACCCAUCAAGGUCAAAAAAUUACAACAUUGAUGAGAUUUCCGACCACCUGCCAGUUGAUGUUACAGGCCCUGCUAGAGCUUUACGGGUUACCAUCCUAAAAGAAGAAAAAGUAAAUGUUGUUAAGAUCAGUGACUGGAUGCCUGAAAGUGAGCCUUCAGCAGUCACUGACCGAAAGAUUCCGGCCUCAUUAUCAGAUUUCUCUAGAAAGGGGUCUCAUGAACUGUAUUCUACAUCAGAAUGUGAGUUCCAUUUCAUUUUCGAGCUUGCUGAGCUUGGCGUGUCCAUUGUUGAUCAUACACCUGAGGAGCUAUUAUACCUGUCAGUGCAAAAUCUUCAUUUGGCAUAUUCAACUGGCUUGGGCUCUGGUUGUAGCAGGUUCAAAUUAAGAAUGAGAGGAAUUCAAAUGGAUAACCAAUUGCCAUUAACUCCAACACCAGUUCUCUUCAGGCCACAGAAAAUUGGGCAGGAGACUGAUCAUAUCAUGAAAAUUUCUGCGACUCUGCAGACAAAUGGAUCACUGGAUCUGUGUGUCUAUCCAUAUAUUGGUUUUGAUGUGAACAUGGGGCCUGAUAAUUCUGCAUUUUUGAUAAACAUUCAUGAACCUAUAAUAUGGCGCAUACAUGAGAUGAUACAGCAGGUCAAUUUCGGUAGAUUAAAGGAUACUCAAGCUACAGCCGUGUCAGUUGAUCCAAUCAUUCAAAUUGGGGUUCUCAAUAUCUCAGAAGUUCGACUAAAAGUGUCGAUGACUAUGUCGCCUAGUCAACGGCCUAGGGGAGUACUUGGUUUUUGGGCAUCCCUAAUGACUGCACUAGGGAACACUGAGAAUAUGACUGUUAAGAUAAAUCAAAGAUUUCAUGAGAAUGUGUGCAUGAGGCAGAGUACUAUGAUUAGUAAUGCAAUUGCAAACAUCAAAAAGGAUCUUCUGAGUCAACCACUUCAGUUGCUCUCAGGCCUUGAUAUAUUGGGCAACGCAAGUAGUGCUCUUGAUCAUAUGAGUAAAGGAGUGGCUGCUUUAUCAAUGGAUAAGAAAUUCAUUCAAGGCCGACAGAGACAGGAGAGCAAGGGUGUAGAUGACUUAGGUGGUGUCAUCAGAGAAGGGGGUGGAGCACUAGCAAAAGGCCUGUUUAGAGGAGUUACUGGAAUAUUAACAAAGCCUAUUGAAGGUGCAAAAUCUGCAGGCGUUGAAGGCUUCGUUCAGGGUGUUGGAAAAGGCAUAAUAGGUGUAGCUGCACAGCCUGUGAGUGGGGUUCUGGAUCUUUUGUCAAAAACUACUGAAGGUGCAAAUGCUAUGAGAAUGAAGAUAGCAUCUGCUAUAGCUUCAGAUGACCAACUCCUCCGCAGGAGGCUGCCUCGUGUAGUUGGUGGUGAUAAUCUGCUUCAACCAUAUGAUGAGUAUAAAGCACGAGGACAGGUAAUAUUGCAAUUGGCGCAGUCAACUUCUUUCUUGGGCCAGGUUGAUUUAUUCAAAGUACGCGGAAAAUUUGCAUUAUCAGAUGCAUAUGAAGAUCAUUUCAUGCUACCAAAGGGAAAAAUUACUAUAGUUACUCAUCGAAGAGUGAUAUUGUUGCAACAAAACUCUAAUAUAACUCAGAGGAAAUUCAACCCGAUGAGGGAUCCGUGUUCAGUAUUGUGGGAUGUACCGUGGGAAGAUCUGGCAACAAUGGAGUUGACUCAGGGAAAGAAAGACCACUUCAAAGCUCCACCUUCACAACUCAUCCUCUAUCUAAAGGCUGGACCAACAGAUACAAAAGAACAAGUUCGUAUCAUAAAGUGCAACCGAGAUACCGAUCAGGCUCUUCAAGUUUACUCUUCAAUCGAACAAGCAAUGAUUACAUAUGGACAGAACUCUUCAAAGGAACUGUUGAAGAAGAAAGUGACUAAACCAUAUUCACCGGUAAGAGACAGCAAUGCUGUUGAAGUGAAUGCAAAGGAAGUGGGUUCAACCUGGUCUACACAACAAAUCUCUAGUCCUACGGGACCAACUUUUGGCGGCAGCAACAGCAGCUUAUUUCGGGAGUGAGAUGUUAAAGCCACCAAUUUUGGAGGAGCAGUGCGACAAAUUUUGCUUAAAUGGCAUGGAAAGAAAAUGGUUGUUGGAUAACAUUAGAAAAAUGGGAUGAUUACUCUGCCUCGGUAUUAAUGAAAUACAAUUCUCUUCAUAGAAAGCUUCGGACUGCAAAUAUCUCAUAUAACACAUUAUUUGUUCAAAAUUCAGGGGGAAUGAUGAACCAAAUGUCCAAAUUGGGUAACGACUUGGAACUUGUAUAUAUGUAUUUUUUAUGUUGAUAUACUUCUGCA